AUGGUUUUCUGGAGAGAGGUGAUUUCCAGUACGCGCGCGUCCCCACACCGUGUUGUUGUCCAAAAAGCCGCGACUUUGGUGAGUUCUUACGGUUACCACGAGAGGGGGGGGCACAACUACGAGCUGCUGGUCACCAACGCCUCCGGACUCUACAGAUAUCGCCUCGGUGACGUGGUGAAGGUUGUUGGCUUCCAUAACCAGUGUCCGGUCGUGGAGUUCCAGUACAGGCGUGGGCAGAUGCUGAACGUUCGAGGGGAGAAAGUGACUGAACACUUGUUUCUUGGGGCUUUGAAGAAGGCUGUGUCUCAGUGGUCCGGAGCGCAGCUGGUGGACUACUGCUGCGCCGAGAGUGGAGUGAUGGGGGACUCGAGCGGUGGAUCAGACCCUCAUUAUCAGGUGUUUCUGGAGCUCAAAGGAGUCCGCAAUCUCACUGAAGAACAACGCUACAAGCUGGAUGUUUGCCUCCAACAAGAGUCUGCUGUUUACAAGUCUUUCCGGAUCAAAGGCAGUAUUGGACCGAUGCGAGUGCAGCUGGUGUCGCCCGGAGCCUUUCAGCAACUCUCCAAAACCAUCAUGUCCUUCUCCCGGACCACGCCCAACACCUUCAAGAUGCACAGAGUCCUCCGCAGGAAAGAGUACGCAGACUUUCUCUUGGGAAAAACACUCUCUUAA